AUGCCGAAAUAUCGGCGGAACGCCGUUGUGAUUGACUUUAACGUCAUGCCGAACAUCGAAUCCGUUUUGAACACCCGAAACCACGUCAUCAUCGAGCUAGGAUCGCCGGAGGAAGCUUGGGACCUAGUCGACCACCACAACCUCAAACACAAGGUAGGAUGCAGGGGUCAAGCCUUCCGCAUACCUAUUUUCCUGGAGGACAACUCCAUCCAAGUUCGCGUCCACGAUUUGCCGCCGCACAUGCCGAACGAAUUAAUUGCCACUCAUCUCGAGGCCUACGGGGAAGUCAACUCCAUUCGGAGAAAGGUCUAG